AUGCGCCCCACCGCGCUCAUCCCUGCAGUAUGCUGCGUCGCAGCUCUGAUUCUCAGCUUCCUCUGUCUCUUUGCCGGCCACAAGAGAGGCUUCAUGGAGGGCUAUGAUCUCCUCACACUCAACACAUCUGCCCUUGGCGAAAAUCUUCUCAACUCGACACGCUCCUCCGACAAUCCCCUCACCAACCUGCUCAACUCCAUCUCAAACGACGUCUCCUCUGAAAUCAACGAGCGUAUCGGCCAAGUCGCUGAGCGUCUAGGCGUCGAGGACUUUUACUCUGCACACCUGCUUAACUACUGCUAUGGCCAAUACACCCCGCAAGAGGCAGCGAACGCAACUAUCAGUGAAGAUGACAUCAGCAAGAACAUCACAGGGUGUAGUCAGAGCAAGGCCAUGUAUAAGUUUGACCCCACACGCAUCGUUGAGGAUGCGCUCAACAAGACUACCGGCACAGAAGUUACACUCGACGACUUGAACUGGCCAUCAGACAUACAAAACGGAAUCCGGGCGCUCAAUACCCUCAUGGCAGCCAUGUUCGUCCUCUACGUCAUCGCCAUCUGCCUUAUUUUCAUUGCACUUGUUGCAGCACUCUUUGCCGUCAUCACCUCGGGCCGCCUAUCCGCUUGUCUCAACUUCUUGAUCGCAACGUUGGCUUUCGUGGCUAUUGGUGUUGCUAGUGGGCUAGUUACUGCAGUCAUGGUCAAGGCAACAGAUGUCAUCAACCAGUAUGGGAACGACGUCGGCAUCGAAGCGAACAGGGGUAACAAGUUCCUUGCCUUGACAUGGGCAGCCACGGGGUUGAUGCUCGUGGUGCUGCUGGCUUGGAUUGUCGAGUUUUGCAUUGGUCGCAGGCGUAAAGCUGUGAGGGAGACAUAUCCCAAGCACGGCUAA